AUGGCACACGCAUAUACACCUGGCCUGCAAAUUAAAGAUGAGAUUCGCUAUCGCGUCUCGCGGCAGUUGCCGAUUAGCGGCGAUGUUCUUGUGAGCGUUGGGGAUCAGGUCUCAGCAGAUCAGGUUAUUGCCCGUUCCGAACAACCGGGGAACAUUUAUCCCGUCAAUCUGGCCAACCAGCUAGGGAUCACUGCGGGGGAUGUCCCGCAGGCGAUGAGUCAUCAAAUCGGCGAUUUCGUCAACAAAGGCGAUCAACUGGCGAUGUCCAACGGCAUUUUUGGUUUCUUUCGCAGCAGCUACAAAUCGCCAGCGACCGGCACCAUUGAAUCUAUCUCGAAUGUGACAGGUCAGGUGAUCAUUCGCGGUACACCGAUACCGAUUGAAGUGGAUGCUUUCGUCACAGGCAGAGUUGAGGAAGUAUUACCGGGACAGGGAGCCGUCAUCGAGACCUCCGCUGCCUUUCUACAAGGGAUCUUUGGGAUCGGAGGCGAAACCCGCGGACCUUUGCAGAUUCUGACCACCAGUCCUGAUCAGGACCUGACACCAGACUUACUCAAUGAGAGUCAUUCCGGAGCCGUUGUCGUUGGAGGUCGUAGAUUGUUAGGUGAAACAGUCGAGCGGGCUCGGGAGCUCGGUGUCGCAGGCUUGAUCGGCGGGGGGAUCGAUGAUCAGGAUUUGAAAGAGAUCCUCGGUUAUGACUUGGGAGUUGCCAUUACAGGCUCGGAAGAGAUCGGAGUCACGUUGAUCAUUACCGAAGGCUUCGGGGAAAUUGCGAUGGCUGGCCGCACCUUCGAGUUACUGCAAUCGCUGGCCGGCCAGCAAGCAUCGAUCAACGGAGCGACACAAAUUCGAGCAGGUGUUUUACGGCCGGAAAUUGUCGUUCCUAAAGCAUCGGCAACCUCUCUUGAUGAAACGGCACAGCGAGUCGGUGGUGGAAUUCUGGAAAUCGGAGCCCACGUCCGCCUGAUCCGCGAUCCCUACUUCGGAGUCCUCGGAACGGAACAGCCACCCGUCGAGUAUGUGAUUGAAAAAUCAGCGGAAGCAAACGGUCUCUAUCGAGAAGUCGCGAAGGUCGUUCUAUCAAAGAAACAGUUAGCUCAAGGAGUGAUCAAAGUCACCAGCGACAAAAACAUUCCGGGAGAGAAGUACUGGUUUCGCGCAUAUGCCCAACAGAAGGUUGAGGGUGUCGUUGCCAAGUCCUCUUACGCGAGGUUACCCGCCACGGAACCUGCCAUCGGGCGAUUGGAUUUCUUCGAUGGCGGUCGUCUCUGGUUGGCGAUCAUCUCGCUGAUGGUCUGCGGGUCAGUGGUGACGUUUAUCUAUAUGGCCAGGAGUGGUCGCAAGUUGAAAGUGCGUCCCAUCGCCGGUUUGGAAGCGAUUGAGGAAGCAGUGGGUCGAGCGACAGAAAUGGGACGAGCCUGCCUGUUUGUUCCCGGCAUUCAGGAUAUGAAUGACAUCCAGACGAUCGCUGGCCUGACGAUUCUUUCUCGCGUUGCAGAACAGGCAGCGGAGUACGAUUGUGAACUCGAAACUCCAACCUCAAAGUCUCUGGUGAUGACAGCAGCCCGCGAGACCGUGGCCACUGCCUUUCUCAAAGCAGGUCGCCCAGAUGCCUACAAUGAAGACCUGAUUUACUAUGUGACGGAUGAACAGUUCGCCUAUGUUUCUUUUCUAACGGGAAAAAUGGUUCGAGAGAAACCGGCAGCCUGUUUCUAUCUGGGAGCUUUCUUCGCAGAGUCACUGAUUCUGGCUGAAACGGGAAAUGCCAUCGGGGCCAUUCAAGUUGCCGGAACAGCUCAACCGGCCCAGUUACCCUUCUUCGUUGCAGCCUGUGAUUACACGCUCAUUGGUGAAGAAUUCUUUGCAGCGAGUGCUUACCUCUCUGGGGACCCUGAUCAAUUGGGCAGCCUGAAAGGUCAAGACGUCGGCAAAAUCAUCGUCGGCGGUCUCAUCCUCAUCGGGGUGGGCCUGGUCACCUUAAUGGAAUUCACCAACUCCCCAGCUAUCGCCUCCGCAGCAGAUUACCUGCUGAACACCAUUCUGCAGGCUGCGUGA